CUGUACCUCCUCGUGGCGGCCCUUUGCCAUGGAGUGGGUAGCAACAUCCAGCUGCAGAAAAUGUAUGGGAGGAUCACAUCCCCAGACUUCCCAAACGUGUACCCCAACAGCAAGGAGAGAACCUGGAAUAUCAGCGUCCCCAAGGGAUACACCAUCCGGAUCUACUUCACUCACUUUAACAUGGAGCUGUCCUACCUGUGUGAAUAUGAUUACGUGAAGAUCAGCUCCGGCGGGAAGCUGGUGGCCACGCUGUGUGGACAUGAGAGCACAGACACCGAGGAGGCUCCGGGCAACAGGACGUACCACUCCAUUGACAACACCCUCACUGUGACAUUCCGAUCUGACUACUCCAACGAGAACCCGUUCACUGGCUUCGAGGCCUUCUACGCAGCUGAAGAUGUUGACGAGUGUGAGCUGCUGAUUGACGACGAACCGCUUUGUGACCAUCACUGUCAUAAUUACUUGGGCGGCUUCUACUGCAGCUGCAGGGUUGGCUACGUCCUCCAUGAAAACAAGAGGACCUGCGCAGCUCAGUGUCAAAACAAUGCUUUUACUAAGAGAUCUGGAGUGAUCACCAGCCCCAAUUAUCCCAAGCCUUAUCCCAAACUCUCCACCUGCAGCUACACUAUCCGGGUGGAAGAUGGCUUCAUGAUCAUCCUGGAAUUUGUGGAAACCUUUAACGUGGAAAGUCACGUGGAAACAGUGUGUCCCUAUGAUGCCCUUAAGAUUAAAACACCCAAAAAGGAAUAUGGCCCAUUCUGUGGGCAGAAUGUACCUCCAAAAAUUGAGACAGGCAGCAAUGUUGUGGAUAUUACUUUCACCACCGAUAUCUCCGGAGACCACUCUGGUUGGAAGAUCUCAUACACUACAACAGCUUUGCCAUGCCCCAGUCCUAAAGCACCACCCCAUGGUCACAUCAAUCCAGUGCAAGCAAAAUACAUCCUGAAAGACUACUAUACUCUAUCCUGUGAUACUGGAUAUGUGCUGUUGGAAAAUGAACUGGUUUUAAAGUCUUUUAAAGCAGAAUGUCAAAAAAGUGGUUCCUGGAACAAACCGAUGGCAAAGUGCAUCAUUGUCAACUGUGGUCAACCUGAAGACAUAGACAACGGCACGGUUACUUACAUCACAGGACCAAAGGUGACCACCUACAAAGCUGAGAUUCAGUACGAAUGCGAGAGCACCUUCUACACUAUGAAAGCAAGUAAUAAUGGUAGAUACCAGUGUGGUGCUGAUGGAUACUGGAAGAACUCCAAGGGAGAAAAAGUACUGCCAGUGUGUGAGCCAGUUUGUGGAAUACAAACCAGGACAACUCUGGAACGUAUAAUUGGAGGGAAAAGGGCAAAGCCUGGACAGUUCCCCUGGCAAGUUAUGCUAAUUGCUGAAGAUGGAGGAGCAGGCGGUGGCGCCCUCUUGUAUGACAAUUGGGUUUUAACUGCUGCUCAUGUCGUAACCCGUCAAAUAGACCCAUCAACAUUGACAAUCAAAAUGGGAUUUCUGAACAAAAGUUCAGUUCACUACCAACAAGCCUGGGCAGAAGAAAUUUUUGUACAUGAAGGUUACAUCGAUGGCACCAGUUAUAACAAUGACAUUGCACUGAUUAAACUGAAACAUAAAGUCCCAAUUAAUGCAAAUAUUACCCCCAUUUGCUUGCCAAGAAAAGAAGAAAGAUUCCAUGUGAAAACAGAUGAUAUGGGAACUGUAGCUGGCUGGGGAAGAACUGAGAAAAGGAGGCUUUCCCAUCAUCUAAUGUAUGUUGAAUUAGUAGUUAUUGACAACAGAAAGUGUAAAGAUGCAUUUGCAAAGCUGCCACAGGGAAAAUAUCUGAUACUAUCAGAAAACAUGUUGUGUGCUGGGGAGGAAGAAGGGGGAAAAGAUUCUUGUCAGGGUGACAGUGGGGGACCAUUAACUUUCUUAGAUAAUCUGACUAAGAAAUGGUUUGUCGGUGGUAUUGUGUCCUGGGGCGUAGACUGUGGGGUUGCUGGCCAAUAUGGGGUAUAUACAAAAGUGAUUAACUACAUUUCAUGGAUUGAAAACACCAUUUUGAAAAAUUCUUAA